AUGGAGGGCGUGGUGGCAGAUCUGGUGGGUGCUAUCGGAGUUCCGCCGGCGGUGGUGGUUGUCGGAGUAGAAGAAGACGGCUUAGAGAGAGAGUCAAUAGACGACUUUACCGACCCGACCCGAACCCGAACUUCACCAGCAGCUCGGGUCGAAAACCUCCGUGACCGGUUAGCCGAGAUGGAGGCGCGGCUUGAGCGAGCUAGGGCUAAAGAAGCCGAGCUGAGCCGACAAUUAGAGGAAAUGAAGAGGUUUGUUUGCGUUAUGGAGAUUUUAGAAAGUUAUCUCAAACGCCGUUACGGAGAGAAACGAAAGUUAGAACAAGUAAAAGUAAAUUAUGUAUAGGGUAAAAGGUGAAUUCGAAGUAAAAGAAGGGUAGAUUUGUUGUCUUUCUUAUUUUGAUAAAGGAUUUAUAUGGUUGAUGUAUUAUUAGGGUUUUCAUGUUUGGAAUUGCUUAAUGUAAUCAUGUGUGUUGUAAUUGUAUAUUCUUCAGUGUGUUAUAGAAUAGUAGUAAAUCAAUUAAACUUGGAAUUUUAUUCAA